GUUGCUUCAGAGCAGCAGCGACUUUCAGCGCGGAGACUCUCUACAGCUAGAGCUUCACCUACAGACCAGUUUACUGAUUUAUUCUCACUGUUUAUUAUCUGUACUCUUUAUAAUUACUCAUUAAUUACUGUAUUAUCUAUAUUUUAUUCUUAUUAACUCUCUUUUUCGCCUUUUUUUUUUUUUACAGGUUACAGGAGCCGUUGAGGGACACCGCCACCCCGCGGUCGAACAUGGCGUCUCCGAGCAGAGUCCGCCCCCUGGAGGGGGGUACUGACCGUUCGGAGAACUCCACCAUCCGUCCCCCGGCUUUCGCUUGCCGAAAGGCUUGGGUGAAACGCAUCAUACGCACGGUGCCCACCUCCCGCCCACAGCCUGCAGCAAUCCCCAGCACCCCUCCCACCACCGUCACGACCCCAUCCUUCCCUCGGUACAGCCGCCGUAAGGUCCUGGUGCCGAUCCCUGUGGCAGAGCUCACCCAGAAGCUGGACUUUGUUGGACCAGAGCCUGAGCUCAUCCCAGGUGCAGCUGCACAGGCUUUGGCCGACCCUGUCAGGGAGGUGGAGGACCACGUCGAUGAGGUGGAGAUGUCGAAGGAGGAGUCAGACGUCUGUUCUGUUUCCUCUUUGUCUAUUUUUUCGCAGGAUUCAGACGUCUCUAGCGUCUUCACUUCACCUUUUUCUUCUUGCUCAGAAUCUUCAGUGGAGGACCUCACCACCACCGUCUUCCCACCAGAGCUAACCGGCCAGGGAGUCACUGCACCUUCACCCACCAUCAGAACACAGAGCAGAUCCCUGAAAAGACUCACCACCAACUUUUGGACCUCUGUGUUUUCUCGUUUCAGGUCCCGUGCUCGAGUCUCGGUGCUGGUUGGGGAGGCGGACCCAGGUCUGGAGGCGAAGCCGGCUGCACAGGACGUGCAGGACCUGGAAGAGCGAAGGGACGCGGUGGAGACCCCUCCCAAAAGAAAGGGAGGAAGGAGGAAGCUGUUCCUGAGCUGCUUCAGGGGGUCAGAGAAGGACUAAUUAGAUUAAUAGAUUUAAAUAUUUAUACCUAUUAAUUAGAUUGAUAGAUUUAUAUAUUUAUACCUAUUCAUUAGAUUGAUUGUAAUUAGAUUAAUAGAUUUGUAGGCAUUAAUUAGAGUGAUUGUAGUUAGAUUAGUAUAUGUAUAGGCAUUAAUUAGUUGAUUGGUAGAUAGAUUUAAAUAUUCAUAGGCAUUAAUUAGAUCCAUAGUUUUAUAGGCAUUCAUUAGAUUGAUUGUAGAUAUAUUAUUAUAUUUAUAAGCAUUAAUUAGAUUGAUUGUAGAUAUAUUAUUAUAUUUAUAGUAGGCAUUAAUUAGAU